AUGGGUGACAACAUUCUUUGGUCAAGCAGGAUACUGGUUUCAACUGUUCAUAUCUAUCUAUCUAUCUUAUCUAUCUAUCUAUCGCAUUCUGUUCAUAUCUAUCUAUUUUUCUAUCUCUUUAUCUAUCUAUUGUGUUCUUUAUCUAUCGAAGGUUGUUCAUAUCUAUCUAAUUUUGUUCAUAUGUAUUUAUCUAUCUAUUUAUCGAUCUAUAUGCCUGUCGAUCUAUCUAUUUAUUCUCUUUUUUAUCUAUCGAAGGUUGUUCACAUCUAUCUAUCUAUCUAUCUAUCUAUCUAUCUAUCUAUCUAUCUAAUUCUGUUCGUAUCUAUUUCUCUAUCUCUUUAUCAAUCUAUAUAUCUAUGUCAGUUCAUAUCUAUCUAUCUGUUCUGUUUCUUAUACCUCUACAUAUACUUUUCUUUAUCUGUCAAUGUACCAAUCGAGUACUGUUCAUAUCUAUCACACUCUGUUCAUUAUCUAUCUAUCUAUCUAUCUAUCUAUACCUAUCUUAUCUGUUCAUAUCUAUCUAUCUAUCUAUCUCACUCUGUUCAUAUCUAUUUAUCUAUCUAUCUAUCUCACUCUAUUCAUAUCUAUCUAUCUCACUCUGUUCAUACUUAUCUAUCUAUCUAUCUAUCUAUCUAUCUAUCUAUCUAUCUAUCUCACUUUGUUCAUAUCUAUCUAUCUAUCUAUCUAUCUAUCUAUCUAUCUAUCUAUCUAUCUAAUAGACCGCUAAAUCCAGAUGGUAACUCUGAAUUUGUUUGUGGCUAUCUCCUUCCCCCAUCCCGCUCUCUCUCUCGCUCUCGCUCUCGCUCUCUCUUUCUUUCUCUCUUUCUUUCUCUCUCUCUCUCUCUCUCUCUCUAUAUAUAUAUAUAUAUCUCUAUCUCUCUCUCUUCAUAUUUUUCUAAUUCUUCCUAUCCCUCCUCCGCUUUGAAACUUGCCAUUCCUACACGGAUAAUGGUUCAUCAAGACUACCCUGUCCUUGGAGUGUUUGUUAUUUUUCUCCUCCAUUUUUUUAUAACCGAUUUUACUCUUUUUCUUGUUGGCUUUUUGAACGUCUUUCAAGCAGAAAACUUGAUUCGGCAGACGAUCGUCUUCUGCUCGUACAGACAUUGGUUCUUCCAUCUUUCUAACUCAGUUUGUUCAUGUCUGUCUGUUCAUCUAUCUAUCUAUCUAUCUAUCUAUCUAUCUAUCUAUCUAUCUAUCUAUCUCAGUUUACUUCUAUCUAUAAUAUGA